AUGAGUGAUAAUCCUUUUGACAUAAAUCCAUCAAAUAUACCACAAAAGGCAAAUACUCCAUCAUUAAAAUUUUGUCAAAAAUCCGUUGAAGAAACUCAAUCAGAAUUACAAACAGAUUUAAAACUAGGUUUAACUAAUAAUCAAGAUAUUUUGAAUAGAAGAUCAAUUUAUGGUGUUAAUGAGCUCGAAAAAGAUCAAGAAGAAAGUCUAUUGUUUAAAUUUAUUUCUUCAUUUUAUCAAGAUCCUUUAAUUUUGUUAUUAAUUGGUUCUGCAAUUAUAAGUUUUUGGAUGGGAAAUAAAGAUGAUGCAAUCAGUAUAACUUUGGCGAUACUAAUAGUUGUUAGUGUUGGUUUUGUUCAAGAAUAUAGAUCUGAAAAAUCUUUAGAAGCAUUAAAUAAAUUAGUACCUGCCGAAGCAAAAUUAACGAGAAAUGGAAGUACUUCAACAGUUUUAGCAUCCACUUUAGUUCCCGGUGAUUUAGUUCAUUUUUCACAAGGUGAUAGAAUUCCCGCAGAUAUAAGAUUAAUUGAGGCUGUAUAUUUAACAAUUGAUGAAAGUAAUUUAACUGGUGAAAAUAGACCUGUUAAAAAAACAACAACAACGAUAAUGGAAGAAAAAGAACCUCCAGUUAAUGAAAGAAAUAAUAUUGCAUAUUUAGGUACUUUAGUUAGAGAUGGUCAUGGAAGUGGACUAGUUAUUGCAACUGGUGCUCAAACUAUAUUCGGUGGUGUUUUUGAAAUGAUGAGUGAAAUUGAAAAACCAAAAACUCCUUUACAACAAGCUAUGGAUAAAUUAGGUAAAGAUUUAUCAGUUUUCAGUUUUAUAAUAAUAGGUAUAAUUUGUUUAAUUGGUAUAUUUCAAGGUAGAUCAUGGUUGGAUAUGUUUCAAAUUUCAGUUUCAUUAGCUGUUGCUGCUAUACCGGAAGGUUUACCAAUCAUAGUCACGGUUACAUUAGCUUUAGGAGUUUUAAGAAUGGCAAGACAAAAGGCAAUUGUUAAAAGAUUACCUAGUGUUGAAACUUUGGGAUCUGUUAAUGUUAUAUGCUCUGAUAAAACUGGUACUUUAACUCAAAAUCAUAUGACUGUUACUAAAAUUUGGACAACUGAUUUUAAAGGUACUUUUAAUACUCCAUUUUUAAUUGCUGAAAGAUUAGAUGAUAAUACUCUACAUCAUAAAUUAACUGAAAAUAUGCAUAAAGUUUUAGAAUGUGGGAAUAUAUGUAAUAAUGCAAGAUAUUCAGUAGAAAAUGAAAAAUAUGUUGGUAAUCCAAGUGAUAUAGCAUUAGUUGAAUGCUUACCACAUUUUGGAUUAGAAGAUUCAAGAGGUCAAAGAGAAAGAAUUUGUGAAUUACCAUUCUCUUCAAAUAAAAAAUAUAUGGCAGUUCUGGUACAUAGUGGUGAUUUAGAAAAAUCAGAAACUAUAGUAAAAGGUGCAUCUGAAAUUAUUAUUAAAUUAUCAAAUAGAUAUUAUGAUGAAAAUGGUGAAAUAAAACCAAUAAGUCAAAAAAUAAAAGAUGAAAUUAUUGAAAAUUCAAAAUUAUUAGCUGAUGAUGGAUUAAGAGUUUUAGCAUUGGCUAAAAAUUUUAAAAAAAUGAAUGAAGAAAAACAUGAACCAGAAGUUUCAGAUUUAAUAUUUUGUGGAUUAAUAGGUAUGAAAGAUCCACCAAGACCAAAUGUUGGUAAGUCAAUAGCACAAUUAAUGAAAGGUGGUGUUCACGUUAUUAUGAUUACUGGUGAUUCACCCUCAACAGCAGCUAAUAUUGCAAAACAAAUUGGUAUACCCAUUGUUAAUGAAAAAUCAAUUUUAACUGGUGAUCAAAUUGAUCAGUUAAAUGAAGUUUCAUUAGCUGAAGCAAUUCAUAACGUAUCAGUAUUUGCAAGAACAACACCAGAACAUAAAGUCACUAUCGUUAAAGCUUUACAAAGAAGAGGUGAUAUAGUGGCAAUGACUGGUGAUGGUGUAAAUGAUGCACCAGCUUUAAAAUUAGCUGAUAUUGGUAUUGCUAUGGGUAAAAAUGGUACUGAUGUUGCAAAAGAAGCUGCUGAUAUGGUUUUGACCGAUGAUGAUUUUUCAACAAUUUUAUCAGCAAUUGAAGAAGGUAAAGGUAUAUUCAAUAAUAUUCAAAAUUUUAUAACUUUUCAAUUAAGUACAAGUAUUGCUGCAUUAACAUUAAUUGCAUUAUCUACGUUUUUUGGUUUGCCAAAUCCAUUAAAUGCAAUGCAAAUUUUAUGGAUUAAUAUUUUAAUGGAUGGACCACCAGCACAAUCAUUAGGAGUUGAACCAGUUGAUCAUGAAGUUAUGAAUAAACCACCAAGGAAAAGAAAUGAUACAAUUUUAACACAACAAGUUAUAAAAAGAGUUUUACAAUCAGCUGCAAUGAUUAUAAUUGGUACUUUAUAUAUAUUUGUUAAAGAAAUGAAGGAUAAUGAAAUUACAGCAAGAGAUACUACAAUGACAUUUACAUGUUUUGUAUUUUAUGAUAUGUUUAAUGCUUUAGCAUGUAGACAUUAUUCAAAAUCAAUUUUUGAAUUAGGGUUAACUAAUCAAAUGUUUAAUUUUGCUGUAUUAGGUUCGUUAUUUGGUCAAUUUUGUGCUGUUUAUGUUCCAUUUUUUCAAGGAAUUUUCCAAACUGAAGCAUUAAGUUUGAGAGAUUUAAUCCAUUUAUUUUUAUUAACAAGUACGGUCUUUAUAGGUGAUGAAAUUAGGAAAUAUGUAAUGAGAAACAAGAACAAAAGUUAUGCAAAUAAUUUCAAUUAUGGCGUAUAA